AUGAAAGUUGUAGUAGCAGUGAACCUGAUAGUACUCUAUUGCUACCAUCAGAUGCUAUCUAACAUGCUGAUGAGAAUCAGGAACCACGAGGAUUUAUAUCAGUUUUAUACUGUGACCAAAGAACAAUGUCUAUCUUAUGCACAGGAUGGGAAUAAUGUAUGCAUUGAUGUGGAUGCGCUUUUUAAACUUUUGAUGUCUUCUACUCCCGAAUUGUUAAAUCUAGUGAGUUUGCCAGCUAUGCUUCGGUUUAUUGAAUGGUCGAGACAAACGCCUUCUAUAUCGUCAGACGUUAAGAAGGCGAGAUCGAUAAUUACUCCGACCCGAUGUUUGAACUUUCUCAAGAACGAUGUACAUGCUUUCAAGCACUCUUCAGAAACAUGCAAGGGGAUUUUAGGGGCUUUAAAAUUGCUCCAAAAGUUACAAAUGAUUAUGUUUGCAGAAAAGCCAAUGUUGAACGAUACAAAUGACCCGGAUUCUGAAAGUGUUGUUUGGAAGCCUUUGGAUACGGCUAUUGCAAUCCAAUUUCUGAAUUCGUUACCUGCUAAUCAAGUUACACCGUUGGGUCGCAUCAAUUCAUAUACUGGCCGUUCGCAUGGUUCAUCGCAGAAUGGUAUGCUUCAUCAGCCCGUAAUGCAGAUACAUAGCCAAUACCAAGAUCAAGAGCCAUCAUUAAAGGAUCAGCAAAUAAGGCAACAGUUGGAACAGCAGCAGCAAUCACCUAUUCAGUCGCAAUUGCUGCUGCAGCACCACCAACAACAACAAGGCCAGGACCAAGAGCGACAACCGCCUUCAAAGGAAAAGCCAUUUCAUCAGCAUCAGCAGCAGCAGCAGCAGCAUCAGCAGCAUCAAGAGCAACAACAGGACCUGCUGCACGACCAUAAUGAUGAAAAACCAGCAAAAUUAACGUCACAGUUGCUAGAACAGUCGUCAGGACAACAGGCUCUCUCAGAACGGUUAAUUCUCCCACAUCCGCAGAAGCAGCAAGCUCCUCUCCCUUCUACAGCUCUUGCUCUUCAUCAUUCAGAACCACAACCACAACAACAGGAUCUGCAGCAAGACUCCCAAAAACAGCAGCAGCAGCAGCAACAUCAUCAUCAGCAGCAGCAACAACAACAACAACAAGAGCAAGAAGAAGAGAAGAAGAAGAAGCAGAAGAAGCAAAGUGCCACUCCUGCUCAUUCUCUUCUUCUUCUCCCUCCUCCUCCAGCACCACCAGCACCACCAGCAACAACAACAACUCCACCACUUCCAACGUCACGGCUCCUGCCCCACCAGCAACAGCAACGACAGCAACGACAAUAUCAUCUCCAACCUGAUCAUCAAAACCAGCACCAGCAGGCCCUUCCCGUUCGUUCGCCGCCUCCGCCUCCUUCUCCGCCACUACCGUUACCACAACAACAACAACUAAAACAUCCACAGUACCCACGACAGCAGUGUCUGCAGCAGAUGCAUCCUAACCUUCAACAGCUUCAAAAUUAUCCGAAUGGUUCUACAACCCCAUGUUACUAUCAGAACUAUUUUUAUGAUUCAGUAGCACUAUUUCAGCAAGGGAUACCUGAAAUAAAUCAAAGGUUACAUCAUUUGACUGUGCAAAAUAAUAAAUUGAAGCAGCAAGAUACCAUAUUGAUGCAACAAAUCAACAACUUGAGGCAGAUAGUGACAUCUUUACAGAAGACUGUAACUUCAAUUUCACUUACAAACUCUGUUUCAACCAAGGGUAAAGUUACAAAGUUGAAGCAGUCUACUGCAACUACACCUAUCUGUUCAAAAUUUACUUAUGAUUCAAAUAUCAGUGGUGUUACAUCUGUUAGUGGUCACAUGAAUUAUUCGGAAACAAAUGUUUCAAAUACAGGUGAUCAAGAGCUUGUAAACCCUCUUUUAGAAAGCUACGAAUCCUUUAUUGUGAAGAAUGAUCCUCGUUCCAACACAAAAACCGCUGAAUCGAGUCACCAAGCACCGGUGACUGCUCAGAAAGAUCGGGGUGAACUGCCCUUUCAAAGUGAAAACAUAUUCGAGGUUCAGAAGGAUGAUGAAGGUUCUAUUCUUUCUUACCAUCCUAUUACAUUUGCUGAUUCAGCCACAUCAUAUUCAAAUAUAUUACCACGGUCAAUGCCACCUAGUGGUACAGUUAGUAUUCCACUAAAACGUGGUCGUAUGGCGACUCUUAUGAGCAGUGCCUUGCCUCAAGAUUCUACCUCUUCCACCAUAUGUUACAGUAAUAGUACUUCAAAUAUUCAUAACAAUGCCAAAGAAGGUCAAUUGGUUUCUUCAGAAGUCGCGUCGAAUACAAAUAACCUGUCUUCAUCUACAGAACAUAAACUAAAAAAAUUGCGGUCACGCUAUAAGGAAAGUUCAGGUUCUAAGUUGUCGAAAGGUGUACAAUAUCAACCUCCGCUAACUUCUGAAGGAAAACGUUACAUGCUUGGUGAAGACGGCAAGUUCUCAAUUGUUAUGAGCAGUGAUCAGGAUUCUAUCUAUUCUAUUUACAACGAGUUUUAUCAAUCGCUCAAACUACAAGUUGACUCGUUUGUGCAAGAUUAUGGCAAAUCCAAACUUACCCAGUUUCGAAAGAAAAGAACGUUUCAGAAAAAGAAGGCAUUUGUAUAUCUAGUGGAAAAAAUUUCGUACUUCUCUAAGUUGCCACCUGAACAAGUGUUGGAUAUAGUUGAUGAUGUGAGAAUAAAAGAAGGCAAAUCUGUAGUUUGGGUCUGUAACAACUUGGGUUCCUUGAAAUAUGCUCUAGUCAAAUAUCGGCCGAAACUAAAAGAUAUAAUUAUGGGAUACAACGAUUAA